AAGUUACAUAGUGAUAUGUUAGAUAAGGUGCUGUCGGCAACACUUAGAUUUUAUGACACAACACCAAUAGGAAGAAUAAUGAAUCGAUUUUCUAAAGAUAUGGAAACAGUUGACCAAAACAUGGCUCCUGUUGUUAUGUUUCUUCUUUAUUCGUUCUUUUCUACCGCUUCGGUGAUUUUUGUCAUUUCAAUUGUAAUGCCUCAAUUCUUAGUAGCUGGUGCUUUUAUUGCAGUAAUGUAUAUAGUUAUUGGUGCAUAUUAUAUAGCUGCUUCCAGAGAUUUAAAACGUCUGGAAUCUGUUAGUAGGUCUCCAAUAUAUGCAGCAUUUGGCGAGACCAUAAUAGGUGUAUCUACUAUCAGAGCAUUUGGUGCUGAAAAAAGAUUGAUGAAAAGAAUUUUGCGUCUCGUAGAUAACAAUAAUCGACCGUUCAUAUUCAAUUGGGCAUGCAAUAGAUGGCUUCAUACUCGUGUUGAUAUAUCAG